AUGGUUAAAGUAGCAGUUUUAGGAGCAGCUGGUGGUAUUGGUCAACCAUUAUCAUUAUUAGUUAAAUUAAAUCCAAUUGUUGAUGAAUUAGCAUUAUUUGAUGUUGUUAAUGUACCUGGUGUUGGAGCAGAUUUAGGUCAUAUUAAUUCAAAUUCAACUACUGAAUCAUUUUUACCAGAAUCAAAAGAAGAUAAAACUGCUUUAGCAAAUGCUUUAAAAGGUUCAGAUAUUGUUAUUAUUCCAGCUGGUGUACCAAGAAAACCAGGUAUGACAAGAGAUGAUUUAUUUAAUAUUAAUGCAUCAAUUUGUCAAGGUUUAGCUGAAGUAAUUGCUAAAAAUAGUCCAAAAGCUUUUGUUUUAGUUAUUUCUAAUCCAGUUAAUUCAACUGUUCCAAUUUUUGCUGAAACUUUUAAAAAAGCUGGUACUUUUGAUCCAAAGAGAUUAUUUGGUGUUACUACUUUAGAUAUUGUAAGAGCUAAUACUUUUAUUUCACAAUUAUUUCCAAAAGAAACUAAACCUGGUGAUUUUAAUGUUAAUGUUGUUGGUGGUCAUUCCGGUGAAACAAUUGUACCAUUAUAUUCAAUUGGUAGAACUAAAAAAUAUUAUGAUGAAUUAAAUGAAGAACAAAAGAAAGCUUUAAUUCAUAGAGUUCAAUUUGGUGGUGAUGAAGUUGUUCAAGCUAAAAAUGGUGCUGGAUCUGCUACAUUAUCAAUGGCUUAUGCAGGUUAUAAAUUAGCUGAAUCAAUUUUAAAAGCUGUUAAUGGAGAAUCAAAUAUUGUUGAAUGUACAUUUUUAAAUUUAGAUUCAUCAAUUAAAGGUGCAAGUGAAGCUAAAAAAUUAGUUAAUAAUUCUGAAUUUUUUUCAUUACCAGUUUUAUUAGGUAAAAAUGGUAUUGAAGAAGUUAAAUAUGAAAUUUUAAAUGAAGUUAAUAGUGAUGAAAAGAAGUUAUUAGAAGUUGCUAUUGAUCAAUUAUCAAAAAAUAUUGAAAAAGGUGUUGCAUUUGCUACUAAAUAA